ACAGAUUCAACUCUUUUCUCUCUCCAAUUGAACUAUACAUAUACAAUUACAUAUAUAUAUAUAUAUAAAUUAUAUAUAUACACACACUGACUUUUAAAAUAUAUAUAUAUAUAUAAUAGUUUUGUUACCUCGGAUCUUUUGCACCGCUACGAUCUACAUAUCCGUAAGAUAGAUGUCUCAGAUGGACCACAGAGAUAUGGCCUCUCUGUGGGAGCGUUUGGUUCGUGCUGCACUUCGAAGGGAAAGAACCGGGUUUGAUGCUUAUGGACGCCCUGCUGGCGGCAUUGCUGGAAAUGUUCCAUCUUCACUCUCAAAUAGUAGGGACAUUGAUCCCAUUCUAAGAGCAGCCGAUGAAAUCCAAGAUGAAGAUCCAAACAUUUCCAGGAUUUUAUGUGAGCAUGCUUAUACUUUGGCUCAAAAUUUAGAUCCUAAUAGUGAAGGUAGGGGCGUGCUACAGUUCAAGACAGGGUUAAUGUCUGUGAUCAAGCAAAAACUAGCAAGGAGGGAUGGUGCAGAUUUUGAUCGAAAUCAAGACAUAACUCGCUUACGGGAGUUCUACAAGAUAUACAGAGAGAAGAAUGAUGUAGAUAAGCUACGGGAGGAGGAAAUGGAACUGCGGGAGUCGGGUACUUUUAGUGGAAACUUUCAAGAGUUAGAACGCAAAACCGUGAAGAGAAAACGGGUUUUUGCAACUCUUAAAGUUUUGGGAACUGUUUUAGAGCAGCUUUCUAAGGAAAUUUCUCCUGACGAGGCAGAAGAAUUGAUUCCUGAUGAGUUAAAGCGUGUGAUUGAAUCUGAUGCUGCUAUGACAGAAGAUUUAAUUGCUUAUAAUAUUAUUCCUCUUGAUGCUCCUGCUAUGACCAAUGCUAUCACUUCGUUCCCAGAGGUUCGUGCUGCAAUAUCGUCUUUGAAGUACUUCAGAGGUCUUCCAAAGCUGCCGGGAAAUUUUCCGUUACCCGCUACCAGGAGUGCCGAUGUUCUCGACUUUCUGCACUACAUUUUUGGAUUUCAGAAAGGUAAUGUUUCGAACCAAAGGGAGAAUAUUGUCAAUCUUCUUUCAAAUGAGCAAAGUCGACUUGGUACUCCUGAUGAGCAAGAACCGAAACUGGACGAGGGUGCCGUGGAUAGGGUAUUUGUAAAGUCUCUGGAUAACUACAUCAAAUGGUGCAACUACCUGGGUAUCCCACCAAUGUGGAGCAAUACGGAUGUCAGCAAGGAAAAGAAAAUACUUUUUAUUUCGCUGUACUUUUUGAUUUGGGGUGAAGCUGCCAACGUUCGAUAUCUCCCAGAAUGCUUGUGCUACAUAUUUCACCGUAUGGGGGAAGAAGUGGAUGAUAUAUUGAGGCAGCAACUUGCAAAGCCAGCUGUCAGCUGUGUUACUGAGAAUGGCGUCUCAUUUCUUGAACAAGUCAUUUGCCCUCUUUACGACGUUAUUGCUGCAGAGGCUGAUAACAACGAAAAUGGGAAGGCUCCUCAUUCCGCGUGGAGAAAUUAUGAUGAUUUCAAUGAGUACUUCUGGUCUCGUAGCUGUCUUAAACUUGGUUGGCCUUUAGACAGAAAUUCAUCAUUUCUUUUGAAGCCAUCGCGGAGGUCAACGAAUAUAUUGAAAGCUAGCGCCAGUAAGCGUCGUGGGAAAACCUCAUUCGUUGAGCACCGGACGUUUUUUCAUCUUUACCAUAGUUUCCACCGCCUAUGGAUAUUCCUUUUCAUGAUGUUUCAGGCGCUUGCCAUAAUAGCUUUCAAUGAUGGAAAACUAGAUGGCAAGACAGUACGUUUAGUUCUUAGUCUUGGCCCAACUUUUUUUGUUAUGAAGCUUUUUCAAAGUGUAUUGGAUAUUGUGGUGAUGUACGGUGCCUAUUCUACAACAAGACACUUGGCUGUUUCACGGAUUUUUGUUCGUUUUUUAUGGUUUAGCUUUGCUACCAUAUUCAUAAUCUUUCUUUAUGUGAAAGGCCUCCAAGACACGACUAAUUCAAUAUCGGGGUCUAUUGUUUUCAAGAUAUAUGUAAUUGUUCUAUGCAUAUAUGCUGGAAUUCAAUUCUGCUGGAGCUCGUUGGCACGGUUACCAUCAUGUCACCAUCUAAUCGACCGGUUGGGUAAUUCAUCUGUAGUUCGUUUAGUCAAGUGGAUUCAUCAGGAGCAUUAUUAUGUUGGGAGAGGCAUGUAUGAAGCAACAACAGAUUAUAUCAUGUAUGUGUUUUUCUGGCUUAUUGUAUUGGGAGGAAAGUUUGCAUUUGCCUAUUUUCUUCAGAUCAGGCCCCUAGUGAAACCAACACGGCAGCUAAUCGAUAUUAAAGAUUUGCGUUAUUCCUGGCAUGAUUUUGUAUCAAAAAACAACCAUAAUGCCUUGACUAUUGCUAGCUUGUGGGCACCGGUGUUUUGUAUCUAUCUUCUAGACAUCCACAUCUUUUACACCAUUAUAUCUGCUGUUGUGGGUUUUUUGCUUGGAGCUAGAGAUCGUCUUGGUGAGAUUAGGUCUUUGGGCGCCGUCCACAAAUUCUUUGAGAGGUUCCCUGAGGCAUUUAUGGAUAAUCUUCAUAUUCCUUUAGCUAACAGGAAUUCUCUUACACUAACUGGUCAGGUUUUGGCAAAAAACAAGUUUGAUGCUUCACGAUUUUCACCCUUUUGGAAUGAGAUUGUGAAUAAUCUGCGAGAAGAAGAUUACAUUACCAAUUUGGAAAUGGAAUUGCUGCAAAUGCCAAAGAAUUCUGGGUCUGUUCCUAUGGUUCAGUGGCCACUUUUCCUCCUAGCUAGCAAGAUAUUCCUUGCAAAAGACAUUGCUGGAGAGAGUGACACGCAAGAUGAGCUGUGGGAUAGGAUUUCAAGGGACGACUACAUGAAGUAUGCAGUUGAAGAGUGCUUUUAUACCAUCAAGUUAAUUUUGACUUCAGUUUUGGAUGAUGAUGGAAAAUUGUGGGUUGAAAGAAUAUAUGAAGACAUUAGAGCAAGUAUAGUGAAAGGAAGCGUCUAUGCCGACUUCCAACUGAAAAAGUUGGCUCUUGUAAUUCAAAAAGUUACUGCACUUACAGGAAUUUUGAAAGAAGUUGGAACACCUGAACUGGAGAGUGGUGCAGUCAAUGCUGCUCUUGAUCUUUAUGAUGUUAUUAAGCUCGAUUUUUUUAGUGUCAAUAUGAGAGAAAACUAUGCCACUUGGAAUUUCUUGUUAAAAGCAAGGCAGGAAGGUCGCCUGUUUUCGAAGUUAAAGUGGCCAAAAGAUCCUGAAUUGAGGUCACAAAUUCGGAGGUUACAUUCGCUUUUCACUAUCAAGGAUUCAGCAGUAAAUGUCCCUAGAAACCUAGAGGCUAGACGCAGGUUGGAGUUCUUCACGAAUUCACUUUUCAUGUCCAUGCCCAGAACCAAGCCUGUUCGAGAAAUGUUAUCUUUCAGCGUUUUCACUCCAUAUUAUUCGGAGACUGUUCUCUAUAGUAUGAAUGAGCUUCUUAAGAAAAAUGAAGAUGGGAUUUCGAUUUUAUUUUAUCUUCAAAAGAUUUAUCCAGAUGAAUGGAAAAAUUUUCUUGCACGGAUUGGUCGUGAUGAAAACACUCAUGAGUCGGUUCUAAUUGAUAAUCCAGACGAUAACCUUGAACUUCGGUUCUGGGCAUCAUAUCGUGGACAAACACUGGCACGAACUGUGCGAGGAAUGAUGUAUUACCGAAAAGCUCUAAUGCUUCAAGCUUAUCUGGAAAGAAUGACUGUUGGAGAUAUGGAAGCGCCAGUUACCGAUAAUGAAGCAACCGAUACUAAAGGAUUUGAGUUUUCUCCUGAAGCAAGAGCUCAUGCGGACCUAAAAUUUACGUAUGUUGUGACGUGUCAGAUAUAUGGGAAACAGAAAGAAGAUCAAAAGCCCGAGGCUGCUGAUAUUGGCUUGUUAUUGCAAAGAAAUGAAGCACUUCGAGUUGCUUUCAUUGAUGAAGUGGAGACUUUGACUGCUGGUAACAAAGAGUACUUCUCUAAACUCGUUAAGGGUGAUAUUAACGGGAAAGACAAGGAAGUAUAUUCAAUAAAAUUGCCUGGGAAUCCCAAACUUGGUGAAGGAAAACCAGAAAAUCAAAAUCAUGCGAUUGUAUUCACCCGUGGAAAUGCUCUUCAAACUAUAGACAUGAAUCAGGACAACUAUUUUGAAGAAGCUUUAAAGAUGAGAAAUCUUCUGGAGGAAUUUCAUGCUUAUCAUGGUAUCCAUCCUGUUACAAUUCUUGGUGUGAGAGAGCAUGUGUUUACGGGGAGUGUCUCUUCUUUAGCUUCUUUCAUGUCCAAUCAAGAAACAAGUUUCGUUACUCUUGGACAGCGCGUUUUGGCAACACCAUUAAAGGUUCGCAUGCAUUAUGGCCACCCAGAUGUAUUUGAUAGAGUGUUCCAUAUAACACGGGGUGGUAUUAGCAAAGCAUCUCGUGUGAUCAACAUUAGCGAAGAUAUUUAUGCCGGUUUUAAUUCAACUUUGAGGCAAGGAAAUAUCACUCAUCAUGAGUACAUACAAGUUGGCAAGGGACGUGAUGUUGGGCUCAAUCAGAUUGCACUGUUUGAAGGAAAAGUGGCGGGUGGAAAUGGCGAGCAGGUUCUUAGUAGGGAUAUAUACAGACUUGGACAGUUGUUUGAUUUCUUCCGAAUGCUUUCAUUCUACUUUACAACUGUUGGAUUCUACUUUUGUACCAUGUUAACGGUGAUUACUGUGUACUUUUUUCUGUAUGGCAAAUUGUAUUUGGCAUUGUCUGGAGUUGGUGAAGAUAUCCAAAACAGAGCCGACGUAUUAGACAACAGAGCUCUAAAUGCAGCUUUGAAUACACAGUUCCUAUUUCAGAUUGGUGUCUUCACCGCUAUACCCAUGGUUUUGGGUUUUAUCUUGGAGCAAGGAUUCUUGAGGGCUGUUGUUAGUUUUAUCACCAUGCAAUUUCAGCUGUGUACCGUUUUCUUCACGUUUUCUUUGGGCACAAGAACACAUUACUUUGGCCGAACCAUUCUUCAUGGUGGUGCAAAGUAUCAUGCAACUGGUCGGGGCUUUGUCGUGCGCCACAUUAGAUUUUCAGAGAACUACAGGCUUUAUUCACGCAGCCAUUUUGUCAAAGCAUUGGAAGUUGUUCUAUUGCUAGUAGUGUAUAGUGCGUAUGGGUUCAAUGAAGCUGGUGUAGUAGGCUACAUUCUUCUUAGUGUUAGCAGCUGGUUUAUGGCAAUAUCGUGGCUUUUUGCUCCGUAUAUGUUUAAUCCCUCAGGUUUUGAAUGGCAAAAGACGGUUGAGGACUUCCGCGAUUGGACAAAUUGGCUCUUUUAUAGGGGAGGAAUCGGUGUCAAAGGUGAAGAAAGUUGGGAAGCAUGGUGGGAUGAAGAAUUGUCUCAUAUCCGAACACUUGGGGGAAGGAUUAUGGAGACCAUUUUAAGUCUACGCUUCUUUAUCUUUCAAUACGGUGUUGUUUACAAAUUGGAUGUGCAAGGCUCAAAUACGUCUUUGUCGGUGUAUGGAUUUUCUUGGCUUGUACUUGUGGGGCUGAUAUUCUUAUUCAAGAUUUUCACAUUCAGCCAGAAAAUAUCAGUCAAUUUCCAACUGAUCUUGCGAUUUGUACAAGGUGUUGCCUUCAUGCUAGCAAUUGCUGGAAUAGCUGUUGCUGUUGUGCUCACAGAGCUUACUAUUACCGACAUAUUUGCUAGCAUCUUAGCAUUUGUACCCACUGGUUGGGGAAUACUUUCGAUCUGUGUGGCUUGGAAACCAGUGUUGAAAAAGAUUGGGCUGUGGAAAUCUGUGCGGUCUCUUGCUAGGUUAUUUGAUGCUGGAAUGGGAAUGCUGAUAUUUGUACCCAUUGCCUUGUGUUCAUGGUUCCCUUUUAUCUCAACAUUUCAAACACGGCUUAUGUUCAACCAAGCGUUUAGUCGGGGUUUGGAAAUUUCCCUCAUUCUUGCUGGAAAUAACCCAAAUUCAGGAUUAUAGUUUUUUGGUCAGAUUUUCUACAUGUAGAGGGGUUAACUUAAAGUGUACUAUGAGGAAUUUAAUCUGCAGAUUUUAAGUAGUGAUUGUAUGUAAAAUAUCAGGUUGUAAAUUUUGUAGUAUUUGGUCAAUUAUGAGCAUAGAAUUUGUGAGAAUAGCACCGCCUCUGGUUUUGGGCACCUUGAAUUUUAUUGGGUUCGUUUUAUCUUCAUUAGCUUUGUAUGUAAAUAACAUAUUUGGACGAGUGUUUGAACUGAUGUUGAUUGAAAUGAAACAAGAUUCUUCAGGCGAGUAACUUUCGAUAAA